AUAUAUAAUCAUAACACGGUUUAACAAUAUUAUUGAAAAAAAUGGCGACUCCGUUAAUUGAUGUUUAUGUGAAAUUACCGACAGGUCGUACUUCAGUUUUGAAAUUAUUACCCACGGAACAAGUAAAAAGAAUUAUUGAACAGAUUGCAAAAGAAGAAGAAAUUAUCCCCGGGAGAGUAAGAGUGAAGUACCAAGGAAAAUUUCUUGAUAAAUCUAAAGCAAUCGGAUUUCUCGGAAUUCGUCCAGAAACUAUACUGAAAGCAGAGUUCGUAAUUCCAAGAGAUAUCAAAGUUUAUGCUAAAGUAGAUGGAGGAGGUUCAGCUCCUAUAGAUAUACAGAACAUUAGUACAUUAGAGGAUUUGAAAUCUGCUGUUGUUGAACGUCUAGAGAUUGUGUCUCCAAAAAUAGUGCAAUCCUUCCAAAGCUCCGGCACUGUUUAUCGUCCAUGUAACACACCACUAUAUGAAACAAGUAUUAGAGAGGAAAGUGUUAUAGAAGUGACUAUCUACGACAGAACAGAAACUGAUCACACAGCUAUUGAUGAUGAUUUGAAAGAUGCCGUUCUCUCAAGUUUCGAGACGAAUGGAAAGAAUGUAGAAGUCGUGUUCUCCUUUGACACAACUGGUAGUAUGAGUCCAUAUCUUGAGAAAGUGAGGAAAAAAUUAAAAGAAACUUGUCAAAAACUUUUAAGAGACAUACCAAAUAUAAAAAUUGGAAUUAUGGCUCACGGUGAUUAUUUUGAUUAUGAAAACUACGUCAUCAAGAUUCAGGACCUGACAUCAGACGUUCAACAGCUGGUAGAUUUUGCUUCUAGUACGUCAUCAACUAGUGGAGGCGAUGCUCCAGAGUGUUAUGAGUGGGCAUUACAUAAAGCUCAACAACUGGACUGGUCAGAAGAUUCGGCCAAAGCUUUGGUUGUAAUCGGAGACCAUGAGCCACAUCCACCAUCUUAUACAGAUCAGAACAUCAACUGGCACACAGAACUAGACGUCUUAAAAGGGAUGGGGGUUAAGGUUUAUGGUGUAUUUUGCAAUAGUGCAGAAGGAAAUGCCGAGAAGUUUUAUGAAGAAUUAGCAGACCGUACCGGUGGAUGUCUUCUUAGAUUAGCCAAUUUCAGUUUAAUUACAGAAAUGUUUUUGGGAGUGUGUUACAAGGAGUCGAACCAGGAACAGUUGGAAGCAUUCACUGAAGAAUUAAAACUAGAAGGUAAACUAACAGAAGAAACCAAAGACCUCAUGAAACAACUGGAAAAUACGAAACCAUCAGAAGAAAGAAAAACGAAGGGCACUCCCAGUUACUUGAAAAAAUACAAAUUUGAUUGGUGGAACUUUAAAAAGGACCAUACUAAAACACCACAGUAUAGUUACAACUCUGAAACUGACAAAUGGAAACAAUACAACAAUCCAACACAAAUCCCUCCUUCGACUUUGACAUCAAGCGACACAAAUUCGCCAAUGAUUGAGUGUAGCUUAUUUAGGGGAGAUCGUCACAAGAAAAGACGUGGAUGUAAUGUAAUGUGAACAAUGAAGUUUGUCAUAAAACACUUAAACUAAGUGAAGAGGAUAGCCAUAGCCAGCACCUGCAAUGACGGGUACCAGUGUCCUUAAUAACAAGCAAGGCCGUUUUAAGCUC